AUGGACAAGCUGGAGGAAUACGUAGCAAAAUGGCACAGCUCGAAGCCAUUGGAGAGUCGGGAAAUUGAUGUUGGCGGAACAAAAGGUAUUGUUACAAAACUUGAUAACAACAGUAUACUCCUAGUACUGUUGGGUGAUAUCAUAGAGACUAGGAUAAUCAAUGCCAGUCUGAUCACAAGCGAGCCAAUUCCGAAGUCAACGGAAGAUCCAAAGCCAGCUGAACAAACCCAGACUGGAGAGAGUAGUUUUAGCCGCUUAAGAGAAACAAAUCCAAUAUCGCCACCACUAGGAGAAGCUCCCCCACAAUUUACAGACGAAUAUCAGUUACUGGAUGAUCCUGUAGCUUCGAAUUUCCGCCCACCAUCAGGGCCUCCACCAAUUGGAGAGGGUGAUAGGUUGCCUCCUGGAGGGGCUCACCCUUCACUAUCGCCUUUUGCUAGCGAUCUACAAACAGAAGGACAUGGAAUGUAUCCCUCAUUGAACCACCCUAUUUUUAACCCUAAUGAAAGGCAGCCAAAUUUGAGGCAUCCCCCAGGAAGUAGAUAUGACGACCCUACACCCUUCGGGCUACCAGGAGGAACACCUCAAGGAAAAGGUCCCCCAGGGGGAGGAAGUUCGGGUUUUGGCGGCUUCCUGUAA